AUGACCGACAAGGAUGCGUUCACAAUUCAGAAAACAAUCCUGCAGAUGGAGUUCCCGUUCAUCGUUCUCAAGUCACUCCAGUUUGCUCUCUUCCGUACAUACGGUAUCCCAACCAUAUCAACCCUCCUUCUAAAAACAUCUCAAUUCUCCGACCCCGCAACAUCAUUCAAACGAUACGCAGACACCGGCGCAUUGAUAGGCGAAUUCAUGGCCUUCGAUCCAAACUCCGAACGCGCCCAAACAGCCAUCGCCCGCACCAAAUUCCUCCACAAAGGCUACCGAGCCAGCGGCAAAAUCCUCGAAGACGACAUGCUCUACACGCUCAGUCUGUUUGCGCUCGAACCAAUCCGAUUCGUCAAAAUGUACGAAUGGCGCGAGAUGACAGAAAUGGAGCGCUGCGCUGUGGGCACAUACUGGAAGAGUCUUGGCGAUGCACUGGGUAUCAGUUACGAGACACUACCAUCUGGUACGACUGGAUUCCGGGAUGGAAUUCAUUGGUUGGAGGAGGUUAGAGAGUGGAGUUUGGGAUAUGAAGUGAAGCAUAUGAAGCCUCAUCCUCGUAACAAGGAAAUUGCGGAUCGGACAAUUGAUGUGCUGGUUUAUAAUUUGCCACGGUUCAUCAAGCCGUUGGGUCUUUACUUUGUGUCUUUCCUGAUGGAUGAAAGGCUUCGAAGUGCCAUGAUGAUCGAUCCCCCUCCCACAUUGUUCAGCAUCAUUUUCUCUGCGGCCUUCCAACUCCGCAAGUUCUGUUUGCGCUACCUGGCUCUUCCUCGCCCAAACUUCAUGCGAUUAGACGUCUUCACGGAAAAUCCCAACAAGUACGGCCGCAACUAUGUUCUAUUUUACGAAGGUGCGCCUUUUUAUGUCCAGCCCACCAUUUGGAAUCGAUGGGGACCGGUGGCUUGGUUCAAAUGGGCACUUGGCCAACCACUGCCCGGUGACGAUGGAGACAAGUACUACCCCCAGGGAUACUACACGCCUGAUCUGGGACCGAAAUAUUUUGAGGGCAAGGGCCGGAAAGAGCUUGAAGUUAUCAGGGAAAGCAUCAAACAACAGCGGAUGGGCCAGUGCCCAUUUCCAUGA